UAAGUAAAAGUUCAGUCCAAAUUUUUUGCCCUUUCAAAUCCAACCCAGUGAUUUAUGCUUUGCCCUUUUCCGAUUCUUCCCCUAAUUACCCAUUGAUUUUCUCUCUGAUUCGAUAUCCAGAUCAGAAAAUUAGCUACGAAAUCGAUAAAGCUUUUCGCGAUACCCAGAGGUGAAACAAAUUGUCACAGCCUAGAAGGGUGCACGGGUGAUUAUGGCAGACUUAGAAAAUUUGCUUCUUGAGGCAGCGGGAAGAACUGGUACUGGAGGAAGGAACCGACAUUCGCUUCCACCAUCUAGAAGGCGACGUGAAGGUUCAUAUUCAGAUGGGGGAAGUGACUCUAGGGAUGAUGAUUCGGAUGAUGAUCAUGGGUAUGCAAGUAGAAAACCGUCUGGUUCACAAGUUCCAUUGAAGAAGAGGUUAGACCCUGCUGAAAGAGAUGAUGAUCAGGGCAGUCAGGAAGAAGGUGAUUAUAAUGAUGCUGGUUCUGGUCGAGAGCGUGACAGCAGUGAUGAAUCUGAUGUUGGUGACGAUCUUUACAAGAAUGAGGAAGACAGGAGACAGCUUGCGCAGUUGACUGAACUGGAAAGAGAAAUGAUUCUGUCGGAACGAGCAGAUAAGAGAGGUGAUAAGAAAUUUACUGAGAAGAUUAGAUCGAAGCGGGAAAACGAUAGGCCUAGCCGGUCACAGAGAGAGACUCCACCUCUUCCUUCUCGUGGAGUGCGGUCAUCGGCUAGAUCUGCGGAUAGGGCUGCUGCUAAAGAUGAUGCUCUGAAUGAGUUGAGAGCAAAACGGCUGAAGCAGCAGGAUCCAGAGGCACAUCGUAAGUUGAGAGAUGCAUCUAGAGGCAGUUCUGGCAACCGGGGCUUAUCACCAGUCAAGAGGAAACCCUUCACUGCAUCAAGUCUAAGUAGCUCUAGUCAGAGUGAGAGUGAAAGCAGGUCUAACAGUGAAGACGAAGGGUCAACUGGGGAUGGCGGAAUGGUUGAUAGUGAGGAUGAGAGGGGCACAUGGGGGCCAAAUGGGCCAACAUUUAAUGACAUUAAGGAAAUUACUAUCAGAAGGUCAAAACUUGCAAAAUGGUUAAUGGAGCCAUUUUUCGAAGAGUUGAUUGUGGGUUGUUUUGUAAGAGUCGGCAUUGGAAGGUCAAAAACUGGCGCUAUCUACAGGCUCUGCAUGGUCAGGAAUGUUGAUGCCACGGAUCCUGAUCGGACAUACAAACUAGAGAACAAGACAACAUAUAAGUACUUGAAUGUGGUUUGGGGAAAUGAAAGCUCUGCUGCCAGGUGGCAGAUGGCUAUGAUUUCAGACUCCCCACCGCUAGAGGAGGAGUUUAGACAAUUAAUUAGGGAGGUGGAGCGAAGUGGAGGCCGGAUGCCGAGCAAGCAAGAUGUGCUUGAAAAGAAAGAAGCGUUACAGAAGGCCAAAACUUUUGUCUACUCAGCAGCUACCGUAAAGCAGAUGUUGCAGGAGAAAAAGUCCAGUUCAUCUAGACCGUUAAAUGUUGCAGCUGAGAAGGACCGACUGAGAAGGGACCUAGAAAUUGCACAAAGCAAGCAUGAUGAUGUAGAGGUUGAGAGGAUUAAGAAGAGACUGCAGCAACUAGAGGCUUCCCGGCAGUCACAGGAGAAAGAUGCCAAGGCUGUUAGGUUGGCUGAGAUGAACCGAAAGAACAGAGUUGAGAAUUUCAAAAAUGCAUCCGGGUUGAAACCUGUAAAUACUGGUUUAAAAGCAGGGGAAGCUGGGUAUGAUCCAUUUUCGAGGAGGUGGACUAGAUCAAGGAACUACUAUAAUGCAAAGGCUCCUGGAGGAGAUGCAGCAGCGGUAGCUAAUGGUGACACAAACGGUGCAAUUGGCAGUGGAAAUGGCAACGAUGCAGGGGCUGCUGCUGCUGAGGCUGGCAGGGCAGCCACAGCAGCUGCCUUGCAAGAAGCUGCAGGUGCGGGGAAAUUGGUUGACACAAAUGCCCCUGUCGAUGAAGGGACGGAAUCUAACAUGCUACAUGACUUUGAGCUUCCAAUCUCAUUGGACGUGCUUCGGAAGUUCGGCGGUCACGAGGGCGCGGUGGCUGGAUUCAUGGCCAGGAAACAAAGGAUAGAAGCAACCGUCGGAUGCCGAGUUCCCGAGAAUGAUGGAAGGAGACAUGCUCUUACCUUGACAGUUAGUGACUACAAGAGAAGAAGAGGUCUCCUUUAGAGUUAAUAAAUAUAUUUAUUAUUUCCAGCUGUUGUUUAAGUGGAAAGUUUGUUCCCAUAGCAUUUCAUCAAACUGCCUUAAACGAAUAUUGUUUUCAUUGUUUUUUAGUGCGAGUAUAUGUAUGUUCUUUUUGGUUUAUAAAAUUAUGGUUUGACUGCUAUAA